AUGAAGAACUUGCCCCUGUUAUUCAUAACAUCGAUCAUAUGCUCUAGCAUCUCCCAGGCUAAAUACCCAACCCUAUAUAAACACGCAUUGGUCACCCCAGUACCUAAAAUAUACCCUCCUAAUGACAUGGAUAAUGAUUUCCGCCAAAUCUCAGUAUUACCGCAAUUGGCUAAAGUCUUAGAAAGCAUCCAACUUAAAUUAAACAAAGGGGACCUUAAGAUCAAGGACAAUCAACAUGCAUUUACACACGGUAGAUCAACUGUAUCUGCACUGGCGAGCAUCACCCAAAAUUGGUUCAGCAAGACUGAAAACUCACGUGAUGGAAGAAUGGGUAUCCACGCCCUAUUUAUUGACUUUUGCAAAGCAUUUGAUCUGGUGGACCACGGAUUGCUUUUAAAGAAGCUCGCCAAAAUGAACGUGUCGAAAAGCUUCUGGCUAUGGACACGGAGCUUUCUAGAAGGGAGGAGUCAGCAAGUAAAAUUACAAGGUGCUCUGUCAUCUAUGAGGCCUUGCCCUUCCGGAGUCCCCCAGGGAUCUUUUAUAUCACCAACAUUGUUUAAUGUUCAUGUGGAUGACCUCGAAGACUGCAUUCCCAAUUAUCUGGACAUCAAUGCGCACAAAUACGCAGAUGACUGCACUCAAGAUGAAGUGAUUCCAUACGGUUCUACUAGCAACAUGCAAAAGGUGCUCGAUGCAAUAAACGACUGGGCACAUAGAAACAAGAUGAAACUUAACGCGAAAAAGACGAAAGACAUGUGGAUCUGCUUUAAAGCUGCAAUUCCGGAACCACCACAUCUUAAAAUUGGCGAUGAUACAAUUGAAAGAGUUUAG